UAACAUAUAAGUAGAUCAAAUAACCCUUUAUGAUCACAGCUUUUUUUCAAUUGGACACUUGCUGUUUCUAUUUUUCUGAUUGGCUUAACUACAAAUGAUCACUAGCUUUUAACCAUGAUUUUUUAAAACGUUGGCAGUACCAUCCCUAAUUGCUUCAAAUAUAAUCUUUAAAUGUCCACAAAUAUAUAGGCUGUAUCGUGAGGAUAAUGGUUUAAAAUAUAAUACAUUUCUUUCACUGCCGAGUACACAACCACCAAUCAGAAUCCACGCUCCAGCGUGUUGCUAGGCAGAUUAUGUUAAUAUAUGCAAUGCAGCCAUCUCUGCAGCUACCAUUCUGAGGCGUCUUAAGAGCGAAGUGUUCGGUGACGUGAUUGGCGACAGGCCUGGCACCGUGCUGCCAUGGAGACCAAACAGGAGGAAUCCUCUGCUGUGUGGAGUCAGACAUCGAACAGUGAUUCAGAAAAUGGCACACAGGUGCAUUUUGAAGGUGGCACGGUGGCCCAGAUAGUGUACAGUGGCGAUCAGGGGGACAGCGGACAGCAGCAGGUGGUCUAUACAGCGGACGGGAACUCCUAUACCUCUGUAGAGUCUGCAGAGCACACACUGGUUUACAUACACCCUGCAGAUGGCACUCAGAAUGUAUUCGCUGAUCAGCCACAGGUGGCUUACAUUCAGCAGGAUGGCACCACACAACAGGUCACAGUUUUGCUGCCGAGUGGACAGAACAUGAAUGCUGCCAACCUGCAUGUUCUCAGUAAUGUAGCAGAGGCUCCACAAGCAAUGCUGGAGCAGGUUUCCCAGGAGCAGCUGUCUGUGGCCAAUUCGCUCCCCUCCAUGGCCGACAUGGCGGACCCCCCCUCCAGCCCUCUCGGGGCCGAAGACUCCACAGAGGACUCGGAUGAAGAGGAGGAUGACGAGUCUGACAUGGAUGACUGGGAACCUCGUCAGCCUCAGUCCUUCAACCCUCACAGCCUCUGGUGUGACGAGUGUAAUAACGCCAACCCCUCUGUGUGUGGGAAGCACGGGCCCCUGCACCCCAUCCCCAACCGGCCCGUGAUGUCCAAGGCCCGGUCCAGCCUGCCUCUGGUCCUUUACAUCGACCGCUUCCUGGGUGGCGUGUUCUCCAAGAGACGCAUCCCAAAGCGCACCCAGUUUGGCCCUGUGGAGGCGCCCCUGCUUCCUCAGAGCGAGCUGCAGGACCACUACCUUCAUCUGAAACUGUGCUCGCUGGACGCAGAGAAGGAUGGAGAGAAGUCAGAUGACCUGUGGUUGGACCUGUCUGAUGAGGACAGCUGUAACUGGAUGAUGUUUGUGAGACCGGCUCAGAACCACCUGGAGCAGAACCUGGUGGCCUACCAGUACGGCUCGGAGAUAUUCUACACGUCCAUCAAGAACAUUCAACCCAAGCAAGAGCUCAAGGUGUGGUAUGCGGCGUCAUAUGCAGAGUUUGUCAAUCAGAAGAUCCACAAUGUUACAGAAGAAGAGAGAAAAGUGCUGAGGGAGCAGGAGAAGAACUGGCCCUGUUACGAGUGCAACCGGCGAUUUGUGAGCUCUGAACAGCUGCAGCAGCACCUCGACAUGCACGACGACAAGUCAAACUCUGUGACCAGAUCCAGAGGCCGGGGUCGAGGAAGAGGCAGGAGGAGAUUUGGGACAGGAAGAAGGCCAGGACGCCCGCCUAAAUUCAUACGUUUGGAUCCACCAGUAGACGGCGACAAGACAACAGAGAUUCUGGAAUUAACGGAGAAGCCUCUGGAGGAGCGAGUGGACGGAGCGCAGAACGGGAUGAAGGUGGUGGAGAUGGAGUCUGAGGCGGAGGCUGGGACUGAGGCAGAGGGCCAGAUGACACCUGCUGCGGGGGGGGCGCUCCUCCCAGAGGCCAGCAGCCCCCCCUCCGGCACCGACCUGCCAGCUCCACUGAAGGAAGACCCGGCGCAGAGCAGCCAAUCAGACACCCACCUCACCUCUCAGGACAUGCGCCGUGCCAAGAGGAUACGGAAUGCAGCGCUGCAGCAGCUUUUCAUCAGGAAGAGUUUCCGUCCCUUUAAAUGCACACACUGUGGCAAGGCCUUCCGGGACAAAGACAAGCUGGACCAGCACCUGCGGGUCCACGGCCGGGACGCCUUCGCCUUCUCCUGCCACUAUUGCAACAAGAGCUUCAUCAGCGACUCGGCGCUGGACGACCACAUGGUGCUGCACACGGAACAGCGCUCCUACUCCUGUCUCUUGUGCCCCGAAAUCUUUGAUAGGCUGGAAAUGCUCAAAGAGCACGUGAAAGAGCACGCAGUAAACGGCUGCUUCACCUGUCCGUCCUGCAAGAAAACCUUCCCUGACUUCAUCCAGGUGAAGAAGCAUAUCCGCUGCUUCCACUCAGAUCGGGUCUUUCAGUGCCAAGACUGUGAGAAGAUCUUCUGCCGGCCGGACAAGCUGCGCUUGCACAUGUUACGCCACUCUGACCGCAAGGACUUCCUGUGCUCAACAUGCGGCAAACAGUUCAAGAGGAAAGAUAAGCUGCGUGAGCACAUGCAUCGCAUGCACAACCCCGACAGAGAGGCCAAGAAGUCGGACCGCAUCCAUCGCUCCAAAACCCUGAAGCUCAAGGUGCCCACCACCGACUUCGAGAGCUUCAUGUUCAAAUGCAGAGUGUGCAUGAUGGGAUUCAGACGUAGAGGAAUGCUGGUCAAUCAUUUGUCCAAGCGUCACCCAGAGAUGCGUAUUGAUGACGUACCUGAGCUCACGCUGCCAAUUAUCAAGCCCAACAGGGACUACUUCUGCCAGUACUGUGACAAGGUGUAUAAGAGUGCCAGUAAGAGGAAAGCACACAUCCUGAAGAACCACCCCGGGGCAGAGCUGCCUCCCAGCAUCCGGAAGCUGCGUCCCGCUGCUCCUGGAGAGCCGGACCCCAUGCUGAGCACACACACACAGCUGACCGGCACCAUCGCCACGGCACCGGUGUGUUGCCCGCACUGUGCCAAACAGUACAGCAGCAAGACUAAGAUGGUUCAGCACAUCAGGAAGAAGCAUCCAGAGUUCGCCCAAAUCGCCAACUCCAUCCAGGCUCCUCUCACUACAGCUGUCAUCAGCAGCACUCCUGCAGUCAUCAGUGCGGACGGAACCACAGCAGAGGCCGUAGUGACUACAGAUUUGCUGACCCAGGCCAUGACGGAGCUCUCUCAGACUCUGACCACAGACUACCGCACAGCGCAGGGAGACUACCAGAGGAUCCAGUACAUCCCAGUGUCUCAGGCGGGGGGGAACCUGUCGCAGCCGCAACACAUCCAGCUGCAGGUGGUGCAGGUGGCUCCGGCUUCCUCCCCACAUUCCCAGCACCCGACAGUGGAUGUGAGCCAGCUGCACGACCCUCACGGCUACAGCCAGCACGCCAUCCAGGUUCAACACAUCCAGGUCAACGAGCCCUCAGGCGCCGGACAAGGGGCCGGACAGGUCAGCGGUCAGCCUCUCAGCCCCACCUCCCAGCAGCCCAGUCAGGAGCUGAGCCCCACCCAGCUGACCCCUGUGACCUUGGCUCAGAGCCACACCCUGCAGAGCAGCAGCAGCCAGCAGCAGCAGCAGCAGCAGCAGCAGCAGCAGCAGGGGGGGGCAGUGCAGCACGCAUACAUCCCCGGGAACUGGAACUACAGAGGCUACUCCUCUGAGAUCCAGAUGAUGGCUCUACCUCACGCCCAGUAUGUGAUAGCCGAGUCCACCACACCUGUAUCCGGAGGCAACAGCAACCAGGUGAAAACGACACACUACGUCAUCUCUGAGGGUCAGACUGAGCUGGAGGCAAAGCAGAACGUUCCUCAGAACACAACCCAGGCCCACGCUGAACAUCUGGAGCAGCAGCCGGCCCAUCAGCAAGCCACAACACAGUACAUCAUCACCACGACAACCAAUGGCAGCGGCACUAGUGAAGUCCACAUCACGAAACCCUGAGCUGCACAGGGAUAAACUCUGCGAACUUGGAAGAGUCCUGCAUGUAUACCUCAGCAGCUUGUAUGCACAUACCUGAACACACAGUCACAUGGAGACUUUUAUACAGAGGAGGAUGGACUGAUGAGCAGCACAGUUUUAUGUGUCUGUGAAGUGUUUAAUGAGCUGUGGAGAUGCAAGCUGCCAGAACUUUGGGAGAAAAUAAACUGAGAAAUGCAAAGGUUUGAUUUGAACCGAUGAUAUAAAGGACAGAAACUGAACUUGUUUUAAAUACACAGCCCUGGAGAACAUUUUAAAAUGAAACUGCUGAAAACAGGGACCUAAAUGAAAUUCAGUGUUCCUGUGCGCGUGGACAAUAAACGCAACAAGAAGUCCUUCUGUGUGACCUACUGGAGUAUGAAGUGGUGAAAUAGGUUUGUUGUUCGGUCCUUGCACAGAUUUGAGUGCCCAUUAAACAUAUUUGUAUCAUUUAAAACAUUUCAAGUAUUUGUAGAUAACAAUUAUGGAAGGAUAUACAGAACUGGAAAAUAUUGGCAACACUGAAACAGUCCUGCGUUUGGCCUUACAUAACAGGUCAUUGUCAUUUUGCCCAACACACCAUCUGUUGUAUUGAGUGUAACCAACGUAAUGCUGUUAUCUGUGAUUUGUCUAUUAAUUUGUUUUUGGUAAAUGACUCAGAUAUCUGUUUUAUUUAAAUGCUGGAUUGUCCUUUUCCCCCAAAUAUAUAUUUUCAUUUGUCAUGGUCACAACUACAACACCUGUGAUUUUAUAGUAAAUAUUCAAGAAGAUAUUAUUAUUGCUUUCCCAAGAAUAAGUACAUUUCGUUUUACAAAGCUAACAGGAUAAAAAGAAGAUAAUCAUCACAGAAAUAUGGCAAAAAUCAUGUAAGUACGUCCUGGAGAACACAAACACACCACUGCAGUAAGACAAGUUAGAACACUUUAGUUCACUUUCUUUUUCUUGAUUCUUACAGUUCUCCAUCGUUUCUUUGCAUUGAGGAUAUGUUUAAACCAGAGCCACACAGCUGGUCAUCUGUCCUAACGGGUGAACACAACCUUUUGUAGAAGCUUUUAGACAGACAAGUGAAAAAUAUUUGUGUUGUAAAAAAUGGGGACAACUCAGAAGCUCAAUAAGUUGCAGUAUUUAAGGAUAAUAAAGGCCUAUUCCACUCUAUUAAUCUAUUCACCUACAACAUAUUGUAAGCACUUCACACACAAGUAUGUGAGGGAAUAAGUAUUGGAGAACACAGGCUAAAUGAAGGGCCAUUGUAAAAUAGAGUUAACGUGUUAAAGUUAUUUAUAUCCGUCUAUGACAAUAGGCCGUGUACAAUUUAAAAAUAUUGCAGGAAUGUAAUCGGUUUGAUCAGGUAGAGCGAUGAUUUUGACCAUGUGUUGAGAAAUUAAAUUAUUUUAUAUCUGUA